AUGAUCAUCCCCGUGCGGUGCUUCACGUGUGGCAAGGUGGUAGCGGACAAGUGGCAACCAUAUCUGGACAUGCUCAAGAUCGACUACUCCCCGAAGGAGGCGAUGGACUCGCUGGGUCUGAAGCGCUACUGCUGUCGGAGAAUGGUGUUGACGCACGUCGACCUCAUCGACAAGCUCCUGCAGUAUAACAUUCACAGCGGGGCGGACGAGGAGAACGCCGGCCACUGA